AAAUAAAAUCACGUCGCAAUCAAGGUAAAUUGAUGAAUCCAAUUGAUAUUGAUCUUGAGGAACACGGCAAUGACCAACCACCUCCAAGUUCAGUGGGUGGGGGUCAAGAAUCAAUGCACCCAAGAAGACAAGAUGGGCAAACCGAACAGUUCCAGGUAGCCAGGAGAAAAGGAAGGUUAACCACAAAGUUUUCUUUGGUGAAUCUUUCCAGCACCUUACUACUAGCAUACCAGAGCUUUGGUGUGGUAUAUGGAGAUUUGAGCACAUCACCUCUCUAUGUUUAUAAAAGUAUAUUCAUUGGGAAGUUGCAAAACCAUCAAAAUCCUGAUGCAAUAUUUGGUGCAUUUUCAUUGAUUUUCUGGACUCUAACACUGAUUCCUUUGCUCAAAUAUGUAUUUCUUGUACUGAGUGCUGAUGACAAUGGUGAAGGUGGAACAUUUUCUCUUUACUCCCUGCUUUGUAGACAUGCAAAACUCAGUUUACUUCCCAAUCAACAAGCAGCAGAUGAAGAGCUCUCAGCUUACAAAUGCGGUCCCUCAGGACAGUCUUCAUCAUCUUUAACACUGAAGAGGUUUCUAGAAAAGCACAAAAAGUCUAGGAUAUUUCUACUUCUUGUAGUUUUAUUGGGGGCUGGCAUGGUAAUAGGUGAUGGUGUAAUCACUCCAGCAAUUUCAGUUCUGUCAUCAAUAUCAGGGCUUCAAGCUGCCGAGAAAAGGUUGAAUCAGGGUGAGGUCCUACUGCUUGCUUGCGUCAUAUUGAUUGGCCUAUUUGCUCUGCAGCAUUUUGGUACCCAUAAGGUUGCUUUCUUGUUUGCACCAGUCGUUAUUCUAUGGUUGAUAUCAAUUUUUGCCAUUGGCCUGUAUAAUACUAUACACUGGAAUCCAAAGAUCGUCUUUGGCCUUUCUCCGCAUUAUAUCAUUAAAUUCUUUAGUGAAACUGGCAAAGAUGGAUGGAUUUCACUUGGCGGGGUUCUUCUUUCUAUAACAGGAACUGAGGCCAUGUUCGCUGAUCUUGGCCAUUUCACUGCCUCCUCAAUAAGGCUUGCAUUUGCAUUUGUCGUAUAUCCUUGUUUGGUAGUGCAAUAUAUGGGCCAGGCUGCUUAUCUGUCAGAAAAUAUUUCUUCAAUUCCAAACAGUUUCUAUGACUCAAUACCUGGUAGUGUAUUUUGGCCUGUCUUUGUUAUUGCCACCCUUGCAGCCAUCGUUGGCAGUCAGGCUAUUAUCAGCGCUACCUUCUCUAUUGUUAAGCAAUGCCAUGCUCUUGGUUGCUUUCCACGGGUUAAGGUUGUUCACACAUCAAAACAUAUCUAUGGGCAGAUCUAUAUACCAGAGAUCAACUGGAUCCUCAUGAUUCUUACUCUUGCUAUCGCUGUUGGUUUCCAGGACACAACUAUGAUAGGGAAUGCAUAUGGCCUUGCUUGCAUGUCUGUUAUGUUUAUUACCACAUUUCUAAUGGCACUUGUCAUGGUCUUUGNCGACCAAAGAACACUAACUAAAAAAUGGUAA